CUACCCAGCAUGCCCAACGGGAAGAGGCGAACGGAACCGCGUAUGGAUGGAGGUGGCGGGGCGCGCCAAAGUGUGCUGCAAUUGUGUUUUGUGCUGUGGGCUUGUGAGGGGAACCUGAAGAGUUCCCGGACUUUCUCCGAGUGGGCGCCUGCGUUUGAGGCGAUGUAAUGGCGGACCGCGCGCGCCCUUGGAGCCUGGAGGAGCUGCGGAGCGAGGAGCUGCCCAAGCGGGAGAUUGUCCACUUUCUGCAGGACCAAGCGGCACAUAGGUUUCUUGCAGAGCACAAGUUGCUUGGUCAGAUAAAAAAUGUGGCUAAAACAGCUACUAAGGAUCAAUUAAUAACAGCAUACAAUCAACUCUUUGAAACCAAGAGCUUUAAAGACACAGAGAACACUGAACAAGUAGCAGAACAGCUAAAAAAUAUCAAGAUUGAUGAAAACCAGCCCAAAAAGACAAAAUCUGAAGAAGUUGUUGAUGAGGCUCCCCCAAAAUAUACAAAGUCAAUUCUGAAAAAGGGAGAUAAAACUAACUUUCCAAAAAAGGGUGAUAUUGUUCAUUGUUGGUAUACAGGCAAGCUGCAAGAUGGAACUGUUUUUGACACUAAUAUUCAGUCAAGUUCAAAGAAAAAAAAAGCAUCUAAACCACUGAGCUUCAAAGUUGGUGUCGGAAAAGUGAUUCGAGGUUGGGAUGAAGCCUUACUGACAAUGAGCAAAGGAGAAAAGGCUAAUUUGGAAAUUGAGCCAGAAUGGGCUUAUGGGAAGAAAGGACAACCCGAUGCAAAGUAUCCUGCUAACAUUUCUCAUUAUAAAAUGUGCCAGGUGUUUCAUGCUUGAAUAUUGAUGUUUCAUGGGAGGCCAGAGUGGUCUGGAUGGAGACUGAGUCACAAUCUAGAGUCUAAAAGAACUGUUUAUUUUCAGAUGGGCAGUUAUAACCAGCUCAAGUCUGAAUGAACCUGGCUCCUUGGCUGAGAUUUACUCUGAAAGGAUGCAAGACUUUAAUGACAAUCAGUAGUUCUAUGGAGUUGUAUUUUAGAAAGUUUUUGGACAAUGGAAUUACUGUCAGGCAAAAGGUGGUAGCUGUUGCCUUGAUUAUUAAAGCACCAG